UCCAAAGGAAGUGACGUAACGCGCACUAGCAACGACAAACAAUAUGGCGGAAAAAGGUGAAAAUCGCCUUGAAAAAAGUAAAAGUGUGACUAUGUUUACUUUAUAAAAAUCAAACAGAAGCGUCAAUUUGUCACACCUAUCGGGUGAAUACAUCCAUACAGUGAUCACCGCAAUAAUAAGGUGUCGCUACACAUUUUCUAAUUAUCUUUAUAUUCUCCAGGGAUUUAAAAUUCGAUCAGUAAAUUGUAUAUUUUGUACAGAUGAUUGACGUCCUAUUACAAAAGUAAACAAGAUGGCAAGCUCCGGUGGUGCACUCAAUUUAUCCUUAUUGAGUCGAGGAAUUGGCGAAAUAAGUAAAAACGGUCACGAGAAAAUAGAUGUUGUAUUUGAACCGCAGGACUACUUUAACUUUGUGGGAAACUCAAGUAGAAUAUACUUGCCACCAAUACCCAAGUAUGACUUUGACGGAUUACCAAGCUCAACAAAAUCCAGUCAUUUUAAAUCACAGUCAUCACAGGAAAUACCAAAAACUUUCACCACUCGAAAAGGAGCGCUACUAUUGUACUCCGAAGACCAGGCCCACAAGGUGCUUUCGUCCCACCAUGAUUUUAAGAAAGCCCGACAUCGGCGGCCUCAUCCGACGGAGGAAACACUGGAACUCUCUAAAAGUGCGGAUGAACUUGAAUUGAAAACUGUUGACGAUUUGGCAAAGUCUAUUUUAUCAUUUGGAAAAAGGGAGCCUACCAAUGAUGAUACAGAUAUAUAUCUUGGAUUCAUUCACAACACAUAUGGUAGAAGAAAGAAAGAUUUAUUUGAACGACAAAUCCGACCAGGGUUCUCUGCUAAACGUUACUUGUCACUGUGGACCAAAAGUUGGGACGAUAAUGUCCUGGGAAAAGUUAUCAGCAAAGGAUACUUGACAGAAAAGUCUUUAUUUUAUUACAACCCAUUAAAUCCACAUCUGCAGCGACGACUGAACGAUGACAUGUCACAUUUCCCAGCUCCCUACAAACUAAUGAGGAGUAUGUUGAUGUCACCUGGUUCCCUGUCUGGCUACACAUUCUACAGAGUACGACCAGAAUCAGCAGAAACUGUGGUAACACCAGAACAACAGCCUGAGCGAACCCCUUCUCAGAUGGGGUCCAUUAAAGUUAUUAGUACAAAAGAUGGUGUCCAGAAAGAGGUCUCAUACUCCACACUAGAUAAAGUUGCUCAAGAGGAGGUCCUCACAGAUUUGUUGGUCAAAAGUGCUGUACAUUAUGCCAUGAAGAAACAGCAGGAAUUGAUGGAAGGAAAUCAGAGAGAAGAAGCCAUACAGGAAGUAGAUGAAAACCGAUCAUCCGUGCAACAAUUUGAUAUGAGGGAUGCAGUAGAGUCUCUGUUAGAUUCACAGAAAUCGAAAGGAGUCUUAAAUACAGACUUUCCAGAAGACAAAUCUGAAGCAUCUAGUCGAUCUGGAUCAAUCAAGGGAAAAACACUCAAACGAAGGAGUAAAGAUAAAGAUUCAGAGUCAUCAAGAGCUACUUCUCCCUUGCCAUUCGAUAAUGCCGAAAGUGAAAAAGAAUAUGUGGGCAGUGUUCCAGUGGCCAGUGUCCGUGGUGACCAGUCAAGUGUGCCACAAUUGCCUCAUAUUAGUGGUGCGAUGCCACUCACACCUAUUGGAGAGGCCAGUCGUGAGGGGACAAGAAUGACUAUUCCUGUUUCUCUGCCGCCUAUUGGACAAGAUCAGGGUAUUGAUGGUGUACCCAUGUUAACUGUAAUACCUCCAACCCCUCAACAUUCUAGCUUAACUGCUUCUCCUACUAAGAUGGUGAAAGAUUCUCAACUCCUUCCUCAAGAUGAAGGCAAUGAAGAGUUUUCCGAUGAGAGUGGUGUUGGUGUGAAGACGGAGAGAACAGAGAGACAUUACGGGGAGGACACUGAAAGAAAGAGGAGAGUACGAAGAAUAAAGGCUGAAAAUACAGGCCCUUCUGUAUCAGGAGGUUACCACCUACACAGCAGUACAGAGAGUCUGGGAGGACCAAGCAGCGCCCACUCUUUGCCAACAGCCAAGCCACUCAGAACUCAUUGGAAGGGCAGCACUCAGAGCCUCAAGAGUGAUCGAUCAAAGAAAGGAUCGAGUAGUUUACCCGAGGACAGUAAUAAAGGUAGCAUUGUGAUUGGUCCUGAUGGGGAACCCAUUAGUGUGGGUGGGCACAUUGAAGUCCACACACGCCCAGAACAACAACAUAUAGAAAAUGUUGGCGAUGCUAAUCGUUAUUUUGGCAGAGAAACAGAAAGUAAAAUCAAAGAGGAAGAAACAGAAGGUCAGAAAAGUGUCGAAGAGAACCCUGUCUCAGAACAAGAUUUGAUAAGUGACCAGGAAUCUGAUGAUGAACCUGACGUCUGGAAGAGAAGACGAGGCGUCCAGAGGGAGGACAUGAGAAAUUAUGCACAUAAACGAGAAAUAGACUAUACAGGUGGGGAUAUUGAUGCCACUCUGUCUAUAAACUCGUGGAGUUACAUACCCAAAGACACAGAUCCUGAAUUUGCUGGUAUUGUUAACCAAAUGAACAGAGCUAGCAGUUUACCAGGAUUGCCUUUUCGUUCAGAUGAAAACUCCAAAGAAUUUACAAUGCUACUAAGCAGAGCCACAGAAAAAACAGAAGAAGGCAUCGAUUACCCCGGAGAUCUAAGUCCUGAUAAAUCUGUGGCUAUUUCUCACGUCUCUGUACCAGUAGCCAAACCAGGGACAGCACCAACUGAUGGGCAUGUAACUCCUGGAACUCCAAUAAACACGGAGGACAAUCAUGGUUUAGUUUCCAGAUUAUCCCGUCAUGAAGAAGAAGUUUUUGAUGAUGGUUCAUCAGAUCGUCAAAUGUCCAGAGAAAGUGGCGGAAGAAAGAGUAUCAGUCGUAGUAAACUUUCUGAUAAAAGAAAAAGUAUGUCACAGUUAGAAAUGAGGUCUGGAAGUAAGACCGCCAUUAAUGAUCAAGGGAGACGAUCCAGUAUGUCUGAUGCUGAACGUAAAGCCAAUACGUUGUCAAAACGAGAAGGAAGACUUUCUAAAGUCUCUAUUCAGAGCUAUUCCCGAACAUCCAGUCGCCAUGAUCCAGAGACCCCAAUAAUAGACCCGUUGCUGGAGGCUGAACAAGAACAUGAACUAGAUACACCAAGAGAAGAUCAAGAAGGUGAAAGGGAGACCAAUUCACUGGAAAAAUCCAAUAGUCAUAAGUCUUUGGAUGAAGGGGCAGUAACUCCACCUCUGAAUGAGGAAAAGGAACCUGAGACUGAUGGGAAAGAAUCUGAUAAAGAGAGCAGGAAAAAAUCUCAAUCAUCAUUGGGAACUGUUGCCCCUUCAAGGCCAGGAUCCGGCCAAUCGUUACAAUCUCAGCAGAUUUCAGAGAAAGAUAUUAUUAAUGUGUUGGAGGAUACAGCCAGAAAUAUCGCUGCAUCCACACUUAGUAGAAGUGACAGUGGACAGGACUUGGAGAAAGAUGCUAGACAAGCAGCCGAGUUAUGGUUAGAAAAGAAUGCCCCUCGUAUCAUAUCCAGAAGUCAGUCAGUUCAAGACACACAAGGAGAUCAAGCUGCAAUUCGGUCAGCGGUGGAGAAUGGUCGUAAGAGUGCCGGCCCUACAGCUGGUGAAUAUAAGGAUCUGAUCAAAGAAAAACUACAGACUGCCUUAUCAAAUACAGAUGGUGAGUCUAUACCACAAAUUCCAGAUGAUGCUGAAUUAAGUCCUGAAUUACUGGAGGCUCUGAAGAACAACUCAAUCACACCAGAGGACAUAGAAAUUGUUAAAGAUGAAGAGACAGGCAAAAGUAUUGUCAGGUCAAGAAGUCAAAUGUCUGCUGCCAUGGGUGGGGUCAAGGAAGGUCACAUUUAUGUUCCUGUUGCCAAAAACGGCAACAAACAGCAUGGCACGAUACCUACUGACCGCCAGUCAAUUGCUGACCUAGGAGAAAUUGAAGUUAUAAAUUAUGGUGCAAGGUCAUCAGAUGCUGGGUCAAAGGUUGGAUCAGCUAGAACCCACUCAAGUAAAAAAUCAGAGAAAUUGUCAGAUAAAGCACCAUCAGAGAAAUCGUCAGAAAAGGGAGGUAAAUCACAACCUCCGUCAGUUUUGGGUGAAUCUAUUGUAGAAGAAGACGAACAGGAGGAUAUGAAAUCACAAAGGUCAGGAGGUCAAAUGUCACAAGAAGAGGUCGAAGAGCCAGAGGAUGAAUUUAAAAAAGCUUUAGUAGAAGUUGAAAAGGUCAAUGAAGCGGAACAGAAGGAUCUUGGCCGACAGAGUGUUGUGAGUAAAAAGAGUGAGAAGAGUGCAGUAUCGGAUAAAAAGAGUGCUGUGUCAGAUGACAAAAAGAGCGUACAAACUGAGAAGUCAGACGCCAAGAAAGCUGUAGCUAAAAAAGAAGAGUUUGUAGUAGGAAUGGUAAAAAAUAAAAAUGAAAAUGAGGCUUUAUACGGAGGUAUAUCUCCGCCACCAAAAGGCGCCACACCACCUAAUGAAGAAGACAAAGGGUCCCAAGCACAAUCAGACGGGAAAGUUAAUACAAAAGGAGAACUGGAGAAAUUGUUUGGAGAAUUAGGUCUCCCUCCCAAUAAACCGACUACCAAGAAGAAGGGUAAACCAAAAGACAAAGGCAAGAAAGCACCUGCCAAGAAACCAGGCAAGGCAACUAAAGGCAAAAAGGCAAAGGAUGAAGAGCCUAAACCUACUCCUGCUGAAGAGCCUCCUACUGAAGAAGCACCUCCUAAGGAGCCUACACCUCCACCCUCACUUCCCCCAUUGGAGGAUAAAGGAGCUUCUGAUAAUGAAUCAGAUAAGGAGUCAAUUGCUGAGACUGCUAAAUCGUCUGAGAGUGACUUUGAGUUCCACUUUGUACGUGAAACACCAUCGCCGUCACCCCCACCACCGCCAAAAGCUCCGUCCACGAUACCGUCGGUUGACGAUGAACCAACAGAUGAUGACGAGAAACAGGAUGGAGAGGAUGAUGAAGCAGCCAGAUUACGAAUGAUUUCUAAUCGUGAAGCCAGGGCGGCCAAGAGAGCCGCACAAGCUGCCAAGCGUAAAGAGGAUGUGGAAAGAAAAAGAAGAGAGAAAGAAGAACAAGCAAGAAGGGAAAGAGAUGAACAUGAAAGGGCUGAACAACUUAAGAGAGAAAUGGAGGCUGAGAGACGCAAAACACUAGAUGCAAAACGACAAAGAAAAAUGGAAGAAGAUGAAGAGAGAGAAAGAGAAGCACAGCAAGAAGAGGAGAAAAUGGCCAAACAAAAAGCUGAGGUAGAGAAGGAGAGAAGAAGGAAGGAGGAAUAUCAACGUAAACUGGAAGAAAUGAAGAGGAAACAAGCUGAGGAGGAACAGAAACGUUAUGAGGAGAUGUUAGAGAAACAGAGAGAGGAAGAAGAGAGAAGGAAGGAAGAAGAAGAAAUGAUGGCAAAGAUGGCGGAGGAAGAGAGGUUGGAGUAUGAGAGAAAGAAGAAAUUAGAGGAAGAGGAAAGGAAGAGAAAAGAAGAGGAAGACAAAAUAAGGCGAGAAGAAGAAGCCAAGCGAGCAAUGGAAGAAGCUAGAAAACUUGCAGAAGAAAUGGCGAGGAAACAAGCUGAGAUGGAAGCAAGACUUAAAUUUAAUCGAACAUUACAAGUAGAGGCUCGAGGACUUGAUCAUUCACAUAACAUUACAGAAGCAUUUGUGUUCUCAUAUUUUGAAUUAUUAAAUUGGUUCGGGUUGGACGUCCCAGAAUUUGAACUCUUGAAAUUAAACCAAUAUUAGUGUUAUACUUUCAAUUAUUGAAUAGGUUUGACAUAAAAUUAUAGUAUAUAUGCCAAUAUACAUAAUUAACAGCGCCUGGUGAUGUUUCAUCGCCUGUUUUUAAUUGGUUUGUGUUGGACGAUUCAGAAUUUGAACUCGUGAAAUUAAGCCAGUAUUUACGGACUAAUUUCUAUAUUGAACUGGUUUUGGUUGAACACUACCGAUUUCAAAAGUUUUUUAAUUGAACUCUUGAAAUUAAACUGGUUUUAGUGUCGCUAGUUUAAAAUUGGUUUGGAUUUUUAUACUAAAUUGAAAUAGCUAUGUCAUUCUGGGAUUUGCCAAAAAAUCAUUAAUUCUAUAUAUUUGAAAACUAAACCAUUCCUCUGCUCUUUUUUUCAUUGGAAAUUGAGAUCAUAUUUCAGAAUGAUGAAGUUUUGAAAACUGUGUUUAGGAGGAAACAAUGUAUUUUGAGAUGGUCCCUAUUUUUGUUACCAUAAAGAUGAUCCAGUACAAAGAAAGCUUUUCUGUGAUAUUUUGUUGAUUGUUAAAAAGAGUUAUAGUUCUUGAUAGCAGAUAUAUUGUAGUAGGUGGCAGAACUUUUUCAAUAAACUUGAAAAAAAUAUAUUUUCAUACUUUUAAAAGUGUAAUAAUAUGACAACACAAUAUUGUAACCUGAUGUGACCUUGAGAGGUUAAACAAAGUUAUAUUGUCUCAAAUGGAAAGUUCAAUUAUUUUUUUAUAAACCAAAUUGUCUUUUUUUUUAUUUAUGAAAAAUACACUUUAUUUUGCAUUUAUAUGAUAAUUAGCAUUUUAUGUGUAUAUUUUGCAUUUAUAAUGCUUAUUUAUAUUGAUGAUUCACAUGCUUUUAUUUAUACUGUAGUUUUUAAACUUGCACACAUUCACAUGUUAAAAGUUCGGCCAAUGGAUAAUUGUUGAUGCUAUUAGAUGUAUGAUGAACAAGAAACUUUAAUUUAUUUUAAAAAUGUCAGUAUUUACAAAACAUGUAUUUUAUAUGUUAUAUAUUAAAGGAUUUAAUAUUUAGCUCUAAGAUCAUGUUAAAAAGAAUUUAAAAAACUAUUUAGGGAAAUUAAAAGUUGAAAUAAAAAGCCAAUAGAAUUCAGUGCCAAGUAACAAAAAAAAAUUGAUGUUCAUAGUGCCAAUUUAGUUUGCUUAAUACAUUUCAUUGGUCAGAUUUUUACUGAUAUUGUCCAAUCGUAUUGCUGCUCCUUGAUAUUAACUUUGUUGUUUAUGAAUCAAUGUAAUUGUUUAUUUAUCUACAGUUGGGAGCAGAUGAAACAUUUGAAUGUGUUUAGAAUAAUCACCAGUAUUUACCAAGUGAUUAUUUUGAAAGUCCAAAUCAGCAUCCUUCUUAUUUUCAAUUACUAGUAAAUUUAUUUAGGUUUGUAAAUACAAAUUACCUUCCGUGUUUGGGUAAUUAUUUUGAGUAGAUACUAGAAAAUUUCAUAAAAAAUGGAGAAUUUUAUGUUUAUUUUCAGAAGGAACUUUUCUGUCAUUUUGGGUACAGUACUUAUCAACUAGCUCUUAAUGCCUAUCGCAAACCUUACAUUCCAGUAAAAUAGAUUCUGAAACGAAAACAUUUUAACACAUGUUGGAAGUUGGUUAAACCAUAUAUAUAUAAUUAAGUAUGUAUCAUCUGAACCUAACUGUAUUGAUGAAAAUGUGAAUGCAAUCAUCAUUGUUAAGUAGUUUUUAUAGAUUUUAUGUGUCUUAUUGUUGAUUUUAUUGUGUAAAAUGUUUUCUUUUAUAUGUAAUCCGUCCAAAAUAGAGUCUUUAAACACAUUUUUCUGUAAAAUUGGUUCUAUCAAAAUAAUGGAAAUCUAUUUUUAGAUUUUUAUAAUUUUUUUGUAUUCUCGUACUGAUCUGAAAGGGUACUUAUCAUUUUCAUCCAAGAAAGAAUAAGUGUGAUGUCAGUAUAUUCUGAAUUUCUGAUGAAAAGUUUUUAAACUGAAUUGGAAGAAAUUUUUUUAUGUAUGGCUUUAAAAAAAUUCUACCUUAAUUUAUUUUUAAAUCAAAAACAAAAUGGUGGUUAUUUUUUUCAUUUUUAAAUUAUUAUUUUUUUAUUUUUUAUUCAGAAAAU